GGGGUGGUCUGUGUGAUUGCGUUCUACUCUUCUUCGGAAUCUGUAUGCGCCUGCUUACAGAAUCUGUCUAUAGUUCAGUUGUAACUUCUCAGGAUACAUGGAUCUUUUUAAGUUGAACUGGAAGUUCAUCUAGGAAAUAACUUUCUAUUAAUCCCCUUUAUCAAGCCAUUAAAUUUACUCCAACGCUUUCAGAAGGGAAGCCGGAAGCGGAAGUCAUUUCGUGACACUUUCCGGGAGGAGUCAGCAUGGCUACCCGGGAAGAGGUACUUGCCUUGCGAGCUGCAAUUGCCCAGCGUGAGGAGGAGCUGAAUUCCCUGAAGCAGAGGCUUGCGGCGGCUCUUUUGGCGGAGCAAGAACUGGAGCCAGAGCGACGAGUUCCUGUGUCGCCGCUGCCGCCGAAGGCCGCCUUGUCCCGAGACGAGAUUCUGCGCUAUAGCCGGCAGCUAGUGCUGCCAGAGCUGGGUGUACAAGGACAGCUACGCCUGGCUGCCGCCUCUGUCCUAAUCGUGGGCUGCGGCGGGCUCGGCUGCCCGCUGGCUCAGUACUUGGCAGCAGCCGGCGUGGGCCGCCUUGGCCUUGUGGACUACGACGUCAUAGAGUUGAGCAACCUAGCCCGCCAAGUGCUGCAUGAUGAAGCACUGGCUGGCCAGGCCAAAGCCUUUUCGGCCGCCGCCUCUCUGCGCCGCCUCAAUUCGGAAGUAGAGUGCGUGCCGUAUGCCCAGGCCCUGACUCCAGCCACUGCGCUAGACCUCGUCCGCCACUAUGACGUGGUGGCUGACUGCUCCGACAAUGUCCCCACUCGCUAUCUGGUUAACGACGCCUGUGUGCUGGCCGGCCGACCUCUUGUGUCGGCCAGCGCCCUGCGUUUCGAGGGCCAGAUUACAGUCUACCACUAUGACGACGGGCCUUGCUAUCGCUGCAUAUUUCCCCAGCCACCGCCGGCGGAGACCGUGACUAAUUGCGCAGAUGGCGGGGUGCUCGGUGUCGUAACUGGCGUCCUGGGCUGCCUGCAGGCUCUGGAAGUGCUGAAGAUCGCUGCGGGCCUGGGUCCCUCUUACAGUGGAAGCCUGCUGCUCUUCGACGCCCUCAGAGGGCAUUUCCGCACUAUUCAGCUGCGGAGGCGCAGGCCUGACUGUGUGGCUUGUGGGGAGAGGCCCACUGUGGCCGAUCUGCAGGACUAUGAGGCCUUCUGUGGUUCCUCGGCUACCGAUAAGUGCCGCUCUUUGCAGUUGCUGAGCCCAGAGGAGCGGAUUUCUGUCACUGACUAUAAGCGACUUCUCGAUUCUGGGGCACCCCACUUGUUGCUGGAUGUCAGGCCUCAAGUGGAGGUGGACAUCUGUCGUUUACCUCAUGCUCUGCACAUCCCUUUGAAGCAUUUGGAACGGAAGGAUGGGGAGAGCCUGAAACUCUUAAGAGAAGCAAUCCAGGGAGAGAAUCCAGGAAGGGAAUCGCUGGAGGGGGCUGCAGUCUCUGUUUAUGUUAUUUGCAAACUGGGAAAUGAUUCCCAGAAAGCUGUGAGAAUCCUGCAGUCCUUAACAGCAGCACAACAGUUAGGUCCUUUAACAGUUCAGGAUGUUGUAGGGGGUCUCAUGGCUUGGGCUGCCAAAAUCGAUGAGACAUUUCCACGGUACUGAGGUGACUGGUACAGUCUGUGGACUGUUGUAAUAUCUCAGAUAUAUUUAUUUGCAUUUUUUCAAUACCGUAAAGAUCUUGGGAUUCCACAAUACAUGGGAUCUUACAAAGAAUUUUUUGAUUGUAAUGUAUCAGAGGACUUCCUAAUUAAUGGAUCAAAAUAGAGUUUUUGAGAACCAUCUUGUGCUUUCACUUCUUAGAUGAUCUUGGAAAUGCAAGACAGAUUGUGAAAGGAUUUUAUAUUUUAAACUGCACAUCAUUUAUCUCCUUAUUUAUUUUAUUGAGAUGGUCUCACUAUG